CCGAUCUAUACUUUCCUCUAGCCCGUCACGGUCUCAAUAUUGAUUGACAAGGACACUUCAAAAGAGAACUAUUGUAGGCGGUUGCAUUCUACCUCGAAAGAUGGACGGCCCCGAGCCUCCACCUUUCCUCGCUCUUCCCGCAGAACUGAUCCAUCAUGUGCUCUCGUUUCUUGCUCCAUCCCAGCUUCUGAGGGUGUCUCAGGUCUGCCGACUGUUGUAUGAGCAUUCCCGAGCUGAUCAGUUAUGGCUUCCCUUUGUCCAAGCAAACGUCCCUGGGCAUACACUCAGAACCCCAGCCCCUUCGUCGUCCUGGCGAGAACUAUAUGUAGCUUUCCAUCCAUACUGGUUCCUCUCCAAGCAUAAAAUCUGGUUCUCGGAUUCCGCGAAUACGGGACAUCUCAUUGUAGCUCGAUAUGACCCUCGAAUCGGCGCGAUAGAAGCGUACGCACUGAGUGCCGAGAGGAGGAAGCCGACAAUCGCCCACUGGGAAUCGUACCCCGAGGCAAUCAUACACACUUUCUCUCCUCUGAUUCGGCUCAACCUCGAUCUCCCUACGUUGCACAUCGAUGCCUCCUCCAUCGCACAGGCUAUUGGUGAUGGACCCCGUCUCAGUAAGGAAGUGCCAAUGGACAUUUAUGGAGGUAGCAACGCAUCUGCCGCCAUCUUCUCCCGCCUCAUCCUAUCACGAAAACUGCCACCCGCUGCCAUCACGCCAAUGACUCAAGUGUGGCCACCGCACAUUCUCCCAGCUUCUGAACGUACGCGAAACGACAGUGGUAACCAGUACAUGAGUCUUGGACAUCGCCCUUCAAAACUCUCGGAGAUCAGCGAGAAUACUUUCAGGCUGCGGCAAUGGAUGGAAUUUAGUAGCCGGCCGCACGGUAUGAGUUUACGGGUGGCCGAGGAAGUCAGAACCUUCGCGACGCUUCCAGCAGAGGUUUACACGCCGACUAAAGAGAAACCAUGGCAGGGCAUAUGGUGCGGCGACUAUGCGGGCCACGGUUGCGAGUUUCUUGUCGUCAUGCAACCAGACGAUCCUGCGCCGCUGCCUGAGGCGGCCGAGAGGACAUUGUCAGCGAUGAGAACUCCUAGUGUUUCAAGUGGGGGAAGCUGGGUUACUGCACCAAUGUCGAGCGAUAUGGAUGCGACCGAAGGCGGAGAAUCCUCACAGCCAGACCCUGCUCCGGAAGAUGUGCCAGAGAAACAGGACGAGAAGUUGGAAGCAGAGGACGAGCACCUAUAUCACGGCCGAAUCGAAGCCAUCAAAUUAACUGGAGAUCCAAACAUCCCUCGUGGUGAAUACACCUUCAUCGCUCCUGACAUUGGUCGCGAUGGCUUUAUACAGAGUGCUCGAGAUGAUAUGUUCAAGGGAGCUAGGAUAGUUCGCAGUGUGGGACACAUCGCAGCGAGAGGGUUCCGCGAUGACGACUUCAUUGCUUCACAGCUUAUUCUCAUUUCGCAUGAUAGGAUGGCUCAGUAUUGGGAGACGUUUGGCCAUGUUUCAUUCUACGAGAGGGUCGAUGUUGAUCAGCUCAUCAAAAUACCCUAGGUGGGUGAGAUUUCCUUCUUCGCGGUCCUCUAUUCGUGUCUGUCUUGUGAGGGGAUCUUGUCAUUGGCGCUAUGGCGAUGGCUUUGGCAAUGUCACUCGUUGCGGGUUGGGAUAUGUCAUCGG